AUGGCCAGUGGCUUAGUCAAUCAGGACUCUAGCUCCGGGAGGAGGGGGUUCUCCAACCCAGGGCCGCCAGCUCGCCAGCCCUGGAACACAAGCUCGCCGGUCCGGCCUUCCUUGCCCCGCCCCGCCUACGUCAUCUGUCCCCGCCUCACGUCAUUGGCCUCCCGCCCCCCCAAACGCGUGCCACCCGGCCCCGCCCACACGGUGGGAGUCCCCAACGUUCGUGGCUCCGCGCACUUCCCAGCCGUUGUCCCGCCUCUGGCUAAAGUCACGUGGUCUCUCGCGCACCGCCCAGCCGCUUCACGCCCGUUUGUCCUGCAGGCCGCGUCCCGUCCCGAGCACACGCCUCCGUGUCUCGCCGCGCAUCGUCUCUCCGCAGGCACGUCUCUCCACCAGCAACGACCGACUCGCGCGGUCGCCCCGCACGCACGGCGCCUGCGUGCCCCCGCCCGCUGGCGCCCCGCCCGUACGUCGCGAGGCCCUGCACCGUCCCGCCCCGGUCGCCGGGGACGCCUGCCCGCCUUCGUCGUCCCUGCGCCCCGCGGUGCCCCCACCUGGGUCACUGGUCCUUCUUUGACCGGCCUGUCCGCCUCCCCGCCUCGCGUCGCCUCGCCAGCGUCAUCCGCCCCACGUCGCGUCUCCCGCGACGCCUUCCCCGGGGCUCGCUCAUCGGCCAUGUGGACGGCCGUCGGGCCGUGGGGCCUCUGUGCGGGGUUCCCGGCGCUGGUCGGCUUGCGCCACGCGGGGCUUUUUCUGGGCGGCGCGCGCCGCUUGCACGGCUCGUCGGUCUCCUGGGGCAAGAACCUGCUCAAGAAGUUUGCCUCGAAAACCAGAAAGAAGUUUUGGUAUGAAGGUCCUACCUUGGGCUCCCACUUGACGUACAAGCCACCCCAGUUGAACUUCCUGAUGAAGAGUGCCACCAAGAAAACCAAGAAGGGGGACCACGUGCGACUGAGGGCCCUAAAUGGCCUCCUCUACAAAGCGCUGACCGAUCUGCUGUCCACCCCUGAAGUGAGCCAGGAGACCUAUGACCUGAACGUGGAGCUCUGCAAGGUAGGCGGCGUUGUAGGCCAGUCUUGCUUAAACAGAAAGAGGAGGCAUACACCUCGCUGGUCCUUCAGUUUGGGUUUCAGAAGUGAUGGGUACCUACGUGCUCUGCGAGUGAUUUGGGGCUGGGGGCAGGUCUCUCUGACUCCAGACUUCUCCGCCUGCCGUGUGUACUGGAAGAUGGCUGUGUCUGGGGAGCAGAAGACGCACACGGAGGCUGUACUGCAGAGAAGCGCGUCACACAUCAGGCAUCUUUUGAUGUCCCGGCAGACCCUGAGGAACAUGCCACCCAUAGUGUUCAUUCAGGACAAAGAAAGUGCAGCUCUAGCUGAGGUUGACCGGUUAUUGGCAAUUGCUGAUUUUGGACCCCCAGAUGAAAAAGAUGACUUUACACAAAAUGAUUUCAGGGACCCUGAAGCCCUGGACACCCUGGACUCUGCCCCACAUUCACGCCUGUGUGAGAUUGAUCAUGAGGCGCUCAACAAGCAGAUCAUGGAGUACAAGAGGCGAGAGAGGGGCAAGGGGGGCACGGAUGCACUGCAGCUGGUGGCGACCAAGCAAACGAGGAAGAGGCCCCGUGUGGACCAUGACCAGUCCCAGGCACUACCUGUGGGGGACAGGGAUGAAGGUAGCCCAGAUGAUGGCAGGGCCCCUGAGAAGCACCCUGGGACACGGAUGGGGGUCAAGACUUGAGCCCAUGACCCCUCACCUGUCACCUGCCUCCGGGCUCCCUUCUCUCCAGGACUCUUUUCUGAUGAGUUGAGCGCAGCUCCUUCAACGAACUCCGGACUCCCACACAGGCUCAGGGGUGCCUCACUGCUCCUGCUCCUCCUCCUGUGAUGACUUCUUGUGGCACAUGCUUUUCCCACCACUUCCUAUCUCACCCUGGGUACCACCUCUCAGGAGCCUUCCUCAAACUCCCAGGUCUUAGUUGCAGGCUCCCCCACAUGUCCAUAACCCAGACUACAUUAAAAGGUGAGUCAGUCUUUCACCUGUACCUCCCUCAGGAGAGACACUAUGGUUCUUGAGGUUUCCCCUGCCAGUGUGAGGUAUAUGUUGAUGGACUACUUAAUGGACCAUUUGUGUUUGCUCCAAGGUCAAGGGCAAAUGUUCUUGCUAGCUCAGAGGAAGGAAAAUAUAAGCAGUAAAUGCAGGAGUGGCUCUAGGCUCCUUCACACCUUGUGUCUGAGAAAAGCUGAAGAAAGCAGAAAUAUGGAGCCAAAAAGAAGUCAGACUGAAAAAGAAUUCUUUGUCCUUGGGGUCAUUGUGGGAACUCAGGGCUGGAGAAUGCAUAAGAAGAAGGCAAGAAGCAGGUUCUGUAGAUAGACUAGAGUGCUGGGUAAUCAGGACCUGGCCUGAGCAGGAUGGGAGCACUGGCUCAUCUGCACUCUGACUAGAAGAAGGCAGUGUCCUCUGCUGCAGAGAGACCUUUUUAGCCAUCUGGCUCUUAAACCUGCUACUUCAAGUUCAGUACUUAGAUCUGCCUCUUAUUGCAGAGUAACCUCUGCUCAGUUUCCUCACUGUCGGUGGGGAUAACAGUACAUCUACUUCAAGGGCUUGCUGUGAAGAUACCACUUGACACAUGUGAGCCCUUAGCAGAGCACAUGGCACGUGCUCCGUGUGCCUUAGUUCUCAAUGUUGCCUUCACAGGACUUGGGUUUCAGUGACAGCAGAGGGGGCACAGUGAGUGAGGCAGCUCAUUUAGUGUCCUUUGGUGGAAAUGUGCACAACCCCCCUUGUGAGGAUGUGCAGAGCAGGACCUGCAGGCCCCCAGGAUGGAACCGAACUGUACAUGUAGCCAGGUUUUUGUGUCCUUGUGACCUGCCAAGGUAAAAGGAGAUGAGAGUCUGUGUCCUGUUAGAAGUAAAAUGUGUUUAUCAAAACCCAAAGUACCAGUGAUAAAUGUGAAGAGACUGUCUAUGCAAACAUUUGUUGGGCAUACAAAAACAAGUUCUGUUGGGGAAGUAAAAGCACAAGCAGCCAUCCAUCCUCCAGUUUUGUCUCAAGAGAAUGGAGCAUAACUGUGUGGCUUUCUAGCAUUACAGCUUUAGAUGUGAAUAAAAUCCAAAAGGGAAACUUGAGAAUUGACAAGUUUUCAUUCUGCACCAUGAAGCUCUGAAUAGCAUGAUUAUUAGGGGCAGACUUCUUACAGCCUCCUGUGUUGAGAUUCCUGAGCUGUGGCCAUAGGCUCACUCAGAGGUCACGACCUCUGCUGGCUCCCAGGGUCUCAGAAGCCCCCUGGAGGAGAUGGAACUCAGCCAGGCAUCCCAGCAGUGCAAGAAGGUGUAAGUAUUACACAGCCCAGGGCCAGUGAUGUUCAGCAGAGACCCAUCAGGCCCCAUGGGACUUAUCUGUUCAUUUUCCAAGCCCCCAUUCCCAGCAGUUCUCAUUUGCAAUCCUUAGUCCCCCAUGUACUCAGACUGCUCUUGCACCAGUUCCAGAAAAAGAAGGGGUAGAAAGAAUAUUUGAAGAAAGAAUGGCUGAAAAUUUCCUAAAUUUGAGGAAACAACCAGGAAGCUCAAUGAACUCCAAGUAAGGUGAACUCAGAAGCCCAUAUCAAGACCCACUCAAAUUUUCAAAAGCCAAACAAUAUUGAAAGCAGCAAGAGAGAAAUCAUCAUAUACAAGGGUUCCUCAAAAUAAGAUGAAUACAUUUCUCAUCAGAAACUUUGGAAGUCAGGAGGUAGUAGGCUGAUAUAUUCAAAAUGCUACAAGAAAAACUCAACUAAGAAUCCUAUAUUCGGCAAAGUAUCCUUCAAAAGUAAGGGAGAAAUUAAGAUAUUCUUGGUUAAAUGAAAGAUGAGGGAGUUCAUUACCACUAGACCUUCCCCAUGAGAAAUGCUAAAGGGAUUCCUGCAAGGUGAAGUGAAGGAUGCUAGAUAGUAAUUCAAAGCUGUAUGGAGAAAUAUAGACCACAAUAAAGGUAAGGUCAUGGCCAAUCAUAGAAGCAAGUAUUGUAACAACAGUCUGUAACUCCACAUUUUGUUUUCUAUAUAAUUUAAGAAACUAGUGCAUUUAAAAUAACUUUAUGUCUUGGGGAACACCAUGUAUAAAGAUGGAUUUUUGUGACAACAAAGAGUGGAGAUGGAACUCUUAAA